AUGUUAUUUAAAAGGCCUUCUCCACCUUCUAUACCUUUUACUCGAUCACAAUUAAAACAAUUAUUAGAAUUCACUAAAUUCUUUUAUCGUACGAUAACGUCUAGUAAAUUCGAGUCUUAUGAAGAUGAUGAAAUAUUGAGAAAUCUAGCGAAUGAUAAAUCUAUUUAUAUUACUCGUCCCGAUAAAGGUCGAGGAGCUGUUAUUCUUGAUAAAAUGCAAUAUAUAAAUAAAGUUGAAACCAUUCUAAAUGAUAAUACAAAACUCACACGAUUAGAUAAAGAUCCGACAAUUACACGGGAAAAUUCAUUAACAACACUACUAAGAGAAAUAAAAAACGAGGGUUAUAUUACAGAACAAGAAUAUCAAAGGAUCAGACCAGUCGGUUCUAUACCAGCCAGAUUAUAUGGUCUUCCAAAAACUCAUAAAAUAGGUGUUCCUAUACGUCCUAUUAUUUCUUGUUUACAAUCAUAUAACUAUGGAUUAGCUAAAUUCCUAGCGAACAUCAUUACUCCAUUACGGAAUAGUAAAUAUUCAUUGAAAAAUACUGAUGAAUUUCUAACAUUCUUAAAAUCGAAUCCACAGUUAGCAAAAUUUAAAAUGAUUAGUUUUGAUAUUGAGAGUUUAUUUACAAAUAUACCAGUGAAAG